GCACACCCAAGGUUUCAGGGAAAUCAACUGUACAUUGGUGGUGACUCAUAUUCAGGACUUAUUGUUCCCAUUCUUCUUAAGAAUAUACUAGAAGGUUUAGAGUCUGGGUCAAGGCCAAGAAUGCAACUCCAAGGAUACUUGCUUGGAAAUCCAGUUUCAGAUUCUUUUAUUGAUGUAAAUGAGAGAAUCCCAUAUGUUCACCGAGUGUCACUCAUUUCAGAUGAAAUCUAUGAGGCUGCUAAAACUAAUUGCAGUGGGGACUAUGUCAAUGUGGAACUUAACAAUACACUUUGUGUUACUGCUCUUCAAAAAAUUAAAGAUUGUCUUCUACAAAUAAAUCUUGCACAAAUUUUGGAACCCCAAUGUGCUUUUGCAUCUGGUAGAACAACUGAGUUGGAGUGGGAUCUUAGAGCUCGAGAAGCAAGUAUUAUGGAUUACCUCCUUUCAGAGUCUAAGCUACAUGAAUUGCAUUGCCGAUGGUCAUUUAGUUCAGAAAUUGGAGGUGUUUUUGUAAUUGGAAGAUUUUGUGUAGAUACUUUUCACGAAGAGAAGAGCAAACGUGAAAGAAGAAAAGAAAACAAAGCUUUGACUAUGGAAUUGUUGGCUGUGGCAUAUUCGUCCCUUGUAGCCAAAAUGGAGGAGAUUAUAUAUAGGUUGGUCAUGCUGGAAUUUUCAGCCACACAGAAGUAUUCUCUUGCAUCUAAUUCAACUUACAAUGUGGAAGAGGCUGGUGAUCUGUAA